AUGGCACCUCCCGUGUCACGCAAGAGGAAGUCGGAGGAGAUGGAAGAGUCUCCACGCGCAGUCACUCCCGAAGGCAGCCCUGCACGCAAGAAGAUGAGAAUCACGCAGACGCAGAAGCAGGCCUUGAUCGAGAAUCUGCAGCUAGAAAUAACGGAACGAGCUCGACAAUUACGAGCAGGAUACGCUCUCCAAUGCGCCGACCUACGAGCCCGAAUCGAACGACGCGUCAACCGUAUUCCGAUCGCCAUCCGCAAAGUCACCAUGGGCGAACUGAUGGCACAACACGAGGCCGCGACGGCAGAAUCGGUCCAGCCAAACAACAACAAAUCCUCGCCGUCCAAGACACACGCCUUGAUGUCCCAAGACAGACCUCUACCGGCGCUGCCACAACAUCUACAUCAGCAACAGCAACAUACGUCCAAAGCGCCUUCGCCUGUCCGCGCACAGCUUCAAGGCGCAGCCACGCGAGGCAAGAAGCGCAAGAGCUCCGAGAUCCAGAUCGCGUCGGACAAGGAGAACGAGAACGAGACGAUGGACCGACUCCCGGUGGCGAAGAACAGCAAGCGCGUCAAAGCCGCGACAACGGUGACACGCACAGCUUCGCGGACGGGAAAGGCCACAUCUGUGCUGUCUCCCCGAUCACACAACUCGAGGACGCUGCCACGUUCACCGCUCAAGGACUCUGCGAUGGCCGCUCCAUCAUCUCCGACAAAGAGCAUGAUCGCCCGGCCCGUUUCACCACUCAAACCGGCCUCCCCUCUCAAGACGGCCGCCAGCGCGGCGACCUCGGCCAUCUCAGCAUCGGUCCAGGGCAUGUUCGAGCACGCGAAGCGCGGCACCGCGUCGAGGCUGGCCCGCACUGCCUCCAAGGAGAAACAGGCGGCCACUGCAGCAAAGGGUCAAAUGUUGCCUCCUCCGCGACCCAUCGCCACGGCCAGCCCCUCGCGUCCCUCGCCUCAGCGCACAUUCAGCCACACCAGCACCCACAGCGCCACGACAGACGUCUCCACCGCGUCGAGCAGCACCACCGUCGUCAAGCCCAAACGUGCAGGCCGCGGAGCUGCUGCGGCUGCGGCUUCCAAGACGGCCGAGAAGAAGAGUCCCGGCGCUGCCAAACGAGGCAUGGCCAGGGCUGCCAGUGCGGCCAAGACUGCGAUGAAGAGGAACAAUACCACUGCCAACAAAAAGGUCGUCGCCGAGCCCGCCGCCACGCGCAGGGUCUUGAGGAAGAGGACUUGA